UCUCCUCAGCCGAUCCCAUCGAAAGCUCGCGCUGACGCGCUUGGAACGGGUUUGUGACCCAGAAGAGAGGUUGGGGCCGGGUCGCGGCUGGCGAUCCCGAUUCCGACCAUUUCGAAGUCUUUUGUCUCGGAUAUCCGGAAGGUAAUAACCGCGGGUUAUCAAAGUUGGCGAUGGCGGCUCCGGCCUGCCCACCCUUUCUGGUUCUUAGGGUUUUCUCCGCUCGUUGGGGGUCCUCCUCAUGGCGGAAGCAGCAGCGGUCGCAGGCUCUUCGCGAGUACCUCAAUUCCUUCCUCUCCGGCGCUGCUUCGCGGUUCUUAUCUCCGCUCCUCCACCGUUGCCCUCGCUCGUCGGAGGAAGAACGCCUCCACAGCACAGCCUUCCAAGCAUGAGAAAAUGCUGCAAAAUGAUGAGCAGGAAGAAGAAGAAAGGGAGGAAGAAGAUAUAGAUGAAGAUGCUCUUGAGGCACUUUUUAGUCAACUUGAAGAAGAUCUGAAAAAUGACAGUCUAUCCGAUGAUGGCGCUGAUGAUGAGAUAACUGAAGAAGAUAUGGCGAGGCUCGAAGAGGAGUUGGAGGAAGCACUGGGCGAUGGUGACCAUGAUGAUCUUUCACGAGUUCCAGCCGACAAUUUAGACAGCGAUGAUAAAUCUGAUCAAGAAGAGACAAGGCCAAAGCUCAAAAAUUGGCAAAUGCGGAGAUUGGCUCGUGCCUUGAAGAUUGGUCGGCGUAAGACUAGUAUUAAAAAUCUUGCAUCUGAGCUUGGGCUGGAGAGGGCUUAUGUACUUGAAUUGCUUCGCGAUCCACCUCCGAAUCUUCUACUAAUGUCUGCUUCUAUACCGGAUGAAGUAACACAAACACCUUCUGUGCCUGGAAACAAGCAAUGGGAAUAUCCUCCUAUGACGGCUGUCAAUGCGGCAAAGAGUAAGCCUGAGGUAAAACUUCCUGUUCAUGUGAUGCGAACAAGAUGGUCGACACAGAAGAGAUUGAAGAAAGUGCAAGUCGAGACUCUAGAAAGAGUUUACUCCCGAACAAAACGUCCCACGAAUGCUAUGAUCAGCAGCAUAGUGCAUGUGACAAAUCUUCCAUGGAAGACAAUAGUGAAAUGGUUUGAAGAUAAGCGACUCCAAGAUGGUGUGCCUGAGCAUCGUGUACCCUAUCGGAGAUCCACACCUGAGACCAUAUCUACUAGUUGACCGAGGGAUUACUUGUGAGUGAUUGAAAUCCACUGAACGCCUUUUGUGAUAUUAUGUUGAAAUCUUUCUGUUUCCAAGACUCAUAUUUUCUUCAGGAUAUAUACUGCUGAAAAUUCCUGUUUUCAAGACUCAUAGUUUCUUCAGGAUUUAUACUGCUGGAAAAUCCAAAGAGCUACAAAGUCAGAUGGGUUCGAGCACCAUAUAGUGACAACUGGAAUUGUAGUUGAAUGAACCUAUAGUUGAGAUAUAACUCCUGAUUUAAUGUCUCAUACCUUGAGUUCUUCACUAUGUUUUUGCUGCUAGUACUAGUUUUGAUGGCAAAACUUAGGUUCAAGCACUGCAAGCCUGAUUUUUCAAGUUUGCUUAGUGUCUUACAAUGUAUCUAGCCUUGUACCGAGCAGUUGUAAUAUUAAAAACUUGUAUUUUUUCUUUCGCCUUCCCUGCCACCGCUAGAAGAGUCAGAGGGGAACUUGGAGAAUUUAAGUUGGCUGCAGUUGAACAUGUUUUCUUGAGACUGCUCUGAGCAUAAGAUAUCGUUAUAUAAAUGAUGAGACAUUUUCAAGCUAAGAAAGUCGAGUUUGGAAGGAAAAGAUUAGCCAUAUAUGUGAAGGAUUUAGCCCUUAUGUUAGGUAUGACAAAGUGGAUGGCACGAAGUUGCGUGAGCUGGAGAGUUCAUUGUUUGCAUUUGUAUUGGGCAUCCUAUAUUUCAUAUGUGAUCUUAGUGUGCUAAUGGUGUAAUGGAUUAUGAGAGCAAAAAUGAUGUUGUAUGAGAUGUCAUUUUCGACGAUUAAGUGGGUUUCAAUGCCAAUAUUUUACA